AAUUGGAAUUCAUGUAGAAAAGAGUUUAACAAGUGGAAUCGACGAUACAUUGUAAAUGUGAUUGACGUCAAGCGGCGUGUACUUCAACAAGUGAGUGCAUGCUGCAUGCGGUACACAGAGAAUGGACCAGAAAUAUAUUGAUGAAUGGGAGUGUGCGUGUGUUCUAUUGAUGCAUAACAGGUCGGGAAUGCAAGGUUCUCAUUUUUCAGGUGAUUUGUCGAACCGGUGGAGUUGUGAAAACUUUCAAGAGUGCUUUAUUUUAAAAAAGAAUCAACAAAAGAAUGCGUUACACAUAGAGAAUAAAAUGACAAAUUCUUUUGUUGAUGUACAGCCGUCAUCUAAACGAUUAUGUUUAGAUGUUCUUCAAUCGCAUCCAAAAACCAAUAAAGAAAAUUAUAUUUGUAAUGAAAGCAUGUACGAAAAUAAAACUAAAGGACUGCAUAGUUUUCAAAAAUCUUUAUUUAAAGAAAAAAAAAAUCAAUCUUCUGUCAAUAAAGAGCAUUAUAGCUUGGAUCAAUUAACAUCUUGUGAAUUAGCUGAUGUACCAAAAACGGGAUUGUGCAAUGACGCCUUGAAACAAGAAUCAUUUAAUAAUACUAGAAAUAAAAAUUCUUGUACUUCUUCACCUAUUUAUAGAAAUACAAAUGUUCAAGUAAAUACAUUCUGGAAAGAGAAUGAUUUCAAUUUAAAUGGUUUACCUACUUUGAGUCACCCGGUUGCAUUGAAUGAUGCUGUCUUUUUGGAUCUAAAAGAAAAGGAAACCGAAUUGAGUAAUUCCGAAAAAGAAACUGUUUCGCAACAAAUCGAAAAGACUCUACCUACAAAGCUUGAAACAUCCUGUCCGCCAAAUAUAGUAAAAGACUAUUUAAACGAACAGGCAGCCGUGUGUGAAAAAUCUCGAAAAGAAGACGUAUUACUUCCGAAUACCUCUAAUUCUCUUGAAACGAACGAUUUACAAAAUAUGGGAUCCUGGAUUCAUCCUAGUGAACCAGAAACUUCCGAUCGAUUAUCUUGCUUUUUAAAUCUUUCUCCAAAACAACUUGCCAAUAUGUUACUUGAAUCCGUUGGAUUCUCCAACGAUUCUACCUUAUGCAUUGAAAAAUCAUCCGGGGGUAACAGUUCCCAAACAGUAAAAUCUCUUGCCCCUCUGCAAGCAGCGCCCUCGUUAGCGGCUGCCACAUCUGCUGCCGCAACUCUUUUGGGUUUCUCACCGAAUGAUUCCUGUAUUAAUAACACAUUUAUUAAACCAACACUUUUAAAUGAAACGUUUGGUUUCUAUUCGGAUUUAUCGUCUCAAACGUCUACGAAUAGUGUGAAUCCUUUGAAUAAACAGAGGAAUGAAAAUUUUUUGUUAGGUGACGUAUCGAGUAGAUCUUAUAUUGAAUCGCAGCAAGUAGUUGUUGAGGAACAUGGUCCGACUAGUAGCAAAGGGUCAUACGUAGAAGAGAUUCAUUUGAAAAAUGUGUCUCAUGAAGAGAGACCUCUUACUGAAAAAGAAUACUUUUCCUCUCCGUCUAAAAAUAUUUAUAGUCAUACGACGUUAGAAAAUGUAGAAGAAAAAAGUUUUAUUUUCCCUUUAAGAGAAGCGAAUUCCGAUAGUCACAAAAGUUCAACAUGUUCUGAUAAUCUUGUAUCGUUUAAAAAUCCUAGUGAAUCUUUAAUUUGGUCGAAUACAUCUUAUAGUCUUCCACAAGGCACACAAGACUUGCCGUAUCGCUCGUCAUCACCCUGCGGAAGUUCGAAACUCACUUUAAGCUUUCCACAAAACCCACCAUGUUCUGACAUGAAAGAGACUGUUGUGAAAAAGAAUGUCUCUGUUGAUAGUAAUGAAGAACAGUAUGCCUUACACGUGUGUAAAACAAAUGUGACGCCAUCUUCUUCUCUUAAUGGAAUGUUUACGUCGUCUGCUCCUUUAAUCAUGGAGAAUGACUCGACAAGAUCCACUACUAAAACAUCUUUGCCUUUUCCAGCCAGUUCCUCCUUUUCAGAAACAUUAGAAGAUGGAUUUCAAGGCGAUGAUGAUUUAUGGUAUAGAAGGCCUGAUGUGGAUGAUAGAUGUUUGGAACAAUUAUGUGAUUUGGUUCAGUUAAAAAAACAUGAAAAAAAUAGUAAAUUAUUUGUUGAGUAUGAACGUGGAGUAUCGUUUCCUUUAGGAGAAGGAGGAAGAGAACUUUUACGUGCUUGUUUAAAUGUGAAAGGUUGUAAAGGAAGACGUUUGCAAGGUGCAUCAGUUCCUGUUCUUUUAAAAUUAGCUUAUGAUUGGGGUUUAUGGAAUAUUGCUAUUCGCAUAAAAAUUGAACGCGUUACAGGAGAUUUAUGCCCUAAACAUGAAGCAUUUGUUCGUUUCAAAGCAAUGCAAUCUCAUUUGCGUAAAUAUUUGAAACGAGAACAAAUGCAUACAGAACGUGAUGGGACAGGACAAAUUACAGAUAUCCGUUUCGAAGAAAUGAAAUACUUGACCUUAGGAAAAGAAGGUAGAGAAAAAUUAAGAACACAAUUGCGACGUCUUCAUGAUAGAAAUCCUUAUUGUAUGGAUGCUUUAUUAGAACGAUAUGGAUUCAAAUAUUCUGAACUUCGCAAUGCAACUGUACCACAACUUUUGAAAAUGGCACAUAUUUGUUGUAUGUGGAAUGAAGUGAUAGAUGCUUGUAAAAAACAAGAAGCGAAACGAGAUUGUCGGUUUGUUCAAAAACAGGAUAAAAUUCCAGUAUUAUCAAGACAUUGGAUGAAUACGUUUUCAUCAAAACAAAAUGAAACGUCGUUUCCUUCUAUACAAUCAGUUUGUACAAAGUGGGCUCCUACGUCAACAGCGUCAGUCGCUUUUUCGAGCGUUCCGAUUGGGACACUCUCGAGUGAACCUUCGAAUUCCCCGCAACAAACGCAUCCUUCACAGUAUACAGAAACAAUGCUUCAUUCACAAACCACAAGACAUUCGUCAUCUUCUAAUUCUACCAUAUCACCAUCCAAACGUCACCAAUCUUUAGAAACCCUUCCAUCUUUAUCUUCUGCGUUCUCCGCUAAGCACACUGAGAACCUGUUCCAAUCAAACGAAACGACACCUAACCAUUACGCAACUGUUGAUUCGAAUCCGCUCCCUUGUAACGCUGAUGAACAGUUGAAAGCAUCUAUGCCUCAAUGCAGUGUCAAUAUUAACGAAAAAUCAACGUAUGAUAAAGAGAAAGUAGAUGUUAAUCCUCUUUCACAGGUCGCGUCUGAGUAUAAAGACGAUAUAAAAGAAGCAUUAGUCUCGAAUCAACAUGAUUAUUCAAGAACUUCUGACCGUUCGUAUUUUCGCUCGGUUAUACAUGGUCAAAGUAUUUGUAGUAUAACAAGCUAUUAAAU